AAUAUUAUGCAUAUGACAUACCGAACAUAAAUAAUAAUUCGUCAAAAUAGUAAUUCUACUUGUGUCUUAUUCUUUACAUAUUCUAUAUUUUUUUAAUAGACUAAACUUUAAUUUCAGAAGAAAAAUACAAUAGAUAUUUACUCUCAAGGAAAAAAUAUUUAAGAGACUUGAACCAGGCAACGUCGAUAGCGAUGAACGGGGAGUAACUCUUGCAUUCCUUUAUAAAUUUCUAAUCAGGUGGUCAUAUUCAGAGCAAGAUCAGCCAUGUUUUGGGAACGCAUACCAGACAGUUGAAAAUAUGGGGAUUUUUUUGUUAACAAGAAAUUGAACAGCCAUGGAUCCUCAUUCCAGUGCCCAGGAUGUUCACCGAUGUGACCUUUGUGAGACCGCCAUAGUACACAGCUACUGUGACUUUUGUCAUGUCAACCUCUGUAAGCCCUGCAUUGGAGAUCACAUCUCAGAUGGAUACGACAAACAUAAAAUAGUUCCUUUCCAGGAACGAAGAUCAACCCUCAUCUAUCCAAAAUGUGAAACACACUCACAAAAGAAUUGUAAAUUUCAGUGCAAAGAUUGCAACAAUAUUUUUGUUUGUUCUUCCUGCAUGGCAUCUGAACAACAUGGCAGACAUAAAUUUGUAGAAGUUACAGAAGUUUUCAAGAAAAAGAAAGACAAUAUUAAAAAAGAUACACAAGAGUUCCAAAAUCAUAUUUCCCCUACAUAUGAAGAAAUUGCACUCGACUUGGAAAAUCAGCUUGCCAACCUGGAUGGAGGAUAUGAGAAACUUACGACAACUAUGUCCAAACAAGGAGAGCAAUGGCACAGAGAAAUCGACAUCGUCAUCAACAAAAUGAAAACUGAACUCAGCGAGAUAAAAGAGAAACACAGAGACAUUUUACAGAAACACUUGAAUGAAAUCAAACAGAUACAGUCCCUCAUAAAAGAAACAUUACAGACCAUAAGAAAAAUCGAAAAAUCCACUGAAGUAUCUUCAACCAUUGAAUACAGCUCUAAGAUCAGAGAGUUCAGGAAGCUUCCACCAAAGGUUAAGGUUACAUUGCCAACAUUCAUUCCAAAACCAAUAGACAGUGAGAAGCUGUAUAGUUUGUUUGGACAGAUCACACCAUUAUCUACUGCUACAGAAGAAUAUGUCUUGUCACUAAACCAACCCAAAACUUCAGUCAGAGAACUACUGGAUGAACCAAAGCUUGUUGCCACAAUACAGACUGGGCAUAAAAAACUACGUAGUGUAACAUGUCUGAAUGAAGACAAAAUAUGGACGAGUGGAAAGACCAAUGAUAUCAAAUGCUUCAACAUUAAAGGUUCACUCCUACAGACAAUUAAAUCAAAAUCAGAAGAAAUGCCUAAUGAUAUAACUGUAGACAGUGAUGGUAAUCUACUGUACUGUAAUGGGACAGACGGGACAGUGAACAUAGUAAAGAAUGGAGAGAGAGAAGAGUUGAUCACAUUACCAGAGAAGUGGACGCCUAAUCACCUGUGUGUCACCUCUACAGGUGAUCUCCUGGUUACCAUGUUCAGUGAUGAUAAAACUCAAUCCAAAGUUGUCCAUUACUCGGGAUCAACAGAGAAACAAACCAUUCAAUUUGAUGAAGAAGGUAAACCUCUGUACUCAGGGAAUGAUAAAACUAAAUACAUCACAGAGAACAGAAACCAUGACAUCUGUGUAGCUGACUGGGAGGCUGGUGCAGUAGUGGUGGUUAAUCAGGACGGGAAACUCAGAUGGAGAUACACCGGUCAUCCCUCAGUUACCAAGAACAAACCAUUUAAACCCUAUGGUAUCACAGCAGACAGCCAGAGUCAUAUCCUGACAGGAGACAGUUGCAACCAUUGUAUUCACAUUCUGGAUCAGAAUGGACAGUUUCUCCGUUACAUUGAUAACUGUGAUCUGAAGGUUCCUACUGGUUUAUGUGUGGACAAUAAUGACAAUCUGUUUGUGUGUGAGUUUAAAAAAGGCAAUGUAAAGAAAGUCAUAUAUCUAAAGUAAACAUCAUCAAUUAUAAAAAUGUGAUGAAAAUCAAACAAAAGUGGCCUUUUUCUGACAUGUAUAUUGAAUUUCAUUGUUGGCAUUUUCUAUGAAAUAGAUUUAAACUUUGCUUUCCUUUAUAUACUGAUGGAUUAAUAAAUUAUAUUCUUUCAUCAUAUUAUUAAUUUUAUUUUCAAUAAAAAAAUAUCUCUAAUCUUAUUCCAUUAUUUAAAGAAAGUAGCAUUUGAGCAUUGUUUGCAUGUUAUAUACAGCUGUAGUACCUUAUCAAAUAAAUUAACAAGUGUCAUGAU